UCAUUAUUGUAUUAUUCCUCCAGAAAAAAUGAUAUUAACCAUAUUUCUGACACUGAAAAAAAAUUCAAAAUCAUUUCAAAAAAUCAAUUAGUCAAUGGGUUACUGUUCGAAUAAAAACCUAAUGUAAGGAUGAAAACUUGGCAUAUACAGUAGUAAUUAUCCUAUGUGUAUAUUUGAUUGUGAAUAUAAGUGUAUAAUGCAAAAUUAAGGAUAUAUUAUAAAGUUUUGAUUGUUUGACAGUACUAUGUACUCUGUUGCUGAUUUAGAAGUUAUAAAAGCAAGAUUCAACAACAAUGAACAUCAACAGAUGGUAUUGUAACAACAACAGUAUUUCAAACUGUUAAUGGAGAUUUCAGCAAAUGGAAGGAAUAGAAAGAUGUGGAUGUUUGUGAACUAACCAAGCAGAUACGUGAGCACGCCAUGGCAGAAAACCUUGCCAAGAAGCUGAAACAGCCAGAAAGCCAACAAAACACAUCUAAUUCUGCAUCAUCUAGUUCUACAGCCGCUUCAUCGAAGCCAUCAGAAGCAACUAGAAGUACAAGCUAUACCAAACUUCCAGACGAAGGAAUUCAUAAGAAACUUGUUGCUAAACUUGCCGUACAUAGCAGUUUCCAUCCACCUACCCUAUUUGGCCAACCAUUUUCAAGAGCCAUGCGUCAAAGAGCCAGAUUUGGUCAACCACUUCAAACAGCAGAUGUACUUAGCAGAAAUGCUAUUCAACAACAAAAAGAGAGUUUUAUACCAAGUGAUGUCACAUGCAUUUUGGACUAUGCCGUUCAACUGACCUAUUAUACUGUAUAUCUCAUAGGUUUUUCCUUACAGAUGGAUCAUCAUACUGUGUUGUGUUCAGUGUGUUAGAUGAUUUGGAUGCUCUAGCAAACCCAAGAGAUUCCCUGCAAGGACAAUUUGAAAUGACAAAUCUUCAGAUGAAUGUAUUUUGGAUGUGGUCAAUAUACGAACACGCUGUACUACCCUAUCAUGGAAAGACAGAGAAGUUAAUCAACGGCAUAUCCUCACCCACGAUCAGUUUAGUUGCCACACACAAAGACAAACUAUUGGGGACUGAGUCAGAAAAGGACAAGCUGAUCACAACCAAGUUCAAAAGAAUAUUUGAUGAAGUCAAAGGAACACCAUACGAAAGUCAUGUGGAUCGCGAGAUGUAUGUUGUAGAUAACACUGCGUAUGGAUGAAGGGAUUGAGAAAUUGAAGAAGAAUGUCGGGGGAUACAUGAAGGCAAUGGUAAAACCUAUUCCCACUAGCUGGGUUGAUUUCCAGUCCAAAUUACAAGACGUUGGAAAAACAAGACUCCAUGUUUCCUUAGAUGAGGUCGCGAAAAUUGCAUCUGAAUGUGGAAUUUCUAAGCCAACGCUCAACACUGUCCUCGAUUAUCUAAAUGACACUGGAAUAAUUCUGUACUCUAAGACUAACGAGAAGUUAAAGUACACAGUCAUUACGAACUUGCGCAUGAUGAUCGACGUUGUGACGAAAAUCAUCACAGUAGUGAAACCAGAUGAUAUUGACAAGUUGCCUACACUGAUGCAUUUAUGCAAUACCCUUGAUAGUGAAGCAAUUCUACAAGAACAGUUGCUCCGUCAUUUGUGGCGACACCAGAAAAAGAAAGAUGCCAGCAACUUUGAGGUGUUUAUAGAACUGAUGAAGGUGUUUGGGUUGCUGUUUGAGAAACAAAAGGGAUCUCAACCUGGUAACCGAAUGUUCAUGGUUCCCACUCGGAUGCAAAUCAAUAAAGAGGGCUUGGAAGUUGAGGAAGAUGAGCAGCAAACGGUAUCGAUUUAUGUGACUCCUACAGACUUCCUACCAGAUGCUGUCUACAAUCUGCUGGUGGUUUCGUUUUUAGACUUGAUGAAUGACAAAGGUAGGAGUAGUGAUCAUGUGGAAUUGUUUCGGAAUCGUAGUGACUUUGACUUAGAUGAUGAGCAUGUUGUGAGUCUAGGAGCUGUCAAAAUCAAGAGCAGGAAUGCACUGAAGAUUGAAAUAUCACAUAGGAUAAAAGUUGAUGAACAUGGCAAAGAAGAACCUCUCGAACCACAUCCUAGCAUCUGCAUGGAGGUAUUAAGCUACCUUCGAUAGCAAUUGAAAACUGUGUAUGUUACUACAGAAGGAGUUGGCUAUGAGUUACGUGUCCUUUGUAAUGCCUGUGAACCUACGCUGCGACCGCUGCAUAAACUUGAGGAAUGUUUGAAAAAAGAUAGUGUGCCAUGUGGAAAAAAAAA